GCUCAAAACUGACCUACCUAACCACGUUCACCAUUGUUGUCACCCUAGCCCACCUUUUGCUCCGUGACAUAACCCACGUCCCACGGGCCUCUAUUGCGGGAGUCUCGAGAAUUAUAGUGGCGGGCCAAAUAUGAGCCCAAUAUCCCACUCGAAUCCAAAAAAUUUAGAAAGCCUGCUACUGCUCCAUUGGAUAUUCCCUUUCUCCGCCUCCCUUCUCCCAUUCUCUGCUCUCUCUCUGCUCUCUCCCUGCGUUUCCCCCAACUCCAACAGAGGAAUUCCCCAAGAAAAAGACGUGAAGCCGAGCAGGUGGUUGGGAAUUAAUGGCGUUACGCCUAUUAUCGCCAACGUCUUCCAUCACAACAAUCACCCCCCUCAACGCCAUCCCGAAACUCGCCCCUCGCUCCUCAUCUCCAUCGCGUCACAAUUACAAAUACCAAACGCCACGAAAUGGAAGAGGAUUCAUCAACUGCAAGGCCGUCAGCGACACCUCCCAGACUUACAGAGGCGUUUACGGUCCCUGGCGAGUCGAAGACUCCGACGUUCAAGAGGUCGUGUUGUACAGGGCGGGACUAGUGACGGCAGCUACGUCGUUCGUGGCUGCUGCGUCGACGGCGUUUCUUCCGGGCGAUUCUUCUCCGUUGAGCUCAGCAAUCGAACAAAACCUCGACGUUCUUUACGGCGUUGGAGCUGGUGGGCUGGGAGUGUCGUUGCUUCUGAUUCACAUCUAUGUGACUCCAAUUAAACGCACCCUUCAGGCCUUCUGGGCGCUCGGGGUAAUCGGCUCCAUUGCAGCGUACACAAGCCUUGCUCGCCCAGCUGGUCUGGACUUGGUGCACUAUGUUGUUGAAAACCCUGCCGCCGUGUGGCUAGUUGGUCCACUCUUUGCUGCUUUGACUGGCCUUGUGUUCAAGGAAGGUCUGUGUUAUGGGAAGCUGGAAGCUGGUAUUCUUACGUUUAUCAUACCCAUACUGCUGCUUGGACAUCUGAGUGGUGUAAUGGAUGAUGGGGUGAAACAAGCUCUACUUGGUUCUUGGAUGGCCCUCUUUCUCAUAUUUGCUGGCAGGAAGUUCACUCAACCCAUUAAGGACGACAUUGGCGAUAAAUCAGUGUUCAUGUUCAAUGCCCUGUCAGAAGAAGAGCAGAAAUCCUUGAUCCAGAAACUUGAACAGCAGCAGCAGUAGAUAGAGAGUGGAAGGGAUGAUGUCCAGUUUUGGUAAGCCAGCGAGUCGUUGUAACAGUUAUAACGAACUGAUACAUGUGAAUGCGAUGUAUAGGCUGUAGCACUAGCCAUGGGAAAAAAGGCUUCUGAAUGUAUGUAUGUAAUGUAGAUGUGGAGUAUACCGCCUCUGCCAAUAGCUAGUAAUGAUUUUGCUGUGUGUAUAUAUUGCCGGUGCAUGUGUUGCUGUUAGUUGGUGUCUGCAUUCUGGUCGAGAAAAACCGAAAAGAAAGUUGUGGUAAGCUUCCAGCCCCAGAAUUCUACUGAUAGCAGUGAUCAGCAGAUCUCGGAGCAAUGUGGCAAUGGCGGAUCCAGCUGUUGGUUGGUGUCUAAAUUCUGAAGUCCGUUUCAGAGCGAAGAAGGGAGAAACUAAAGCAAAGGGGUAUGAAAUGAGAGGCCAAUUGUCAAAGCCGAGGGAUAUUACAUACCAAAUUACAAACCGCAAACUAAAUAGUGAGAAAGGAU